ACAUAACCUCUGUUUCUCCGCGCGUGCGUGGUGCUUCACAGCCAUGUCACGGCUGGUGUUUUUAUUAGCUAGUAGACAGACCGCCCUGGCCUUCCAUUAAGAUCUCAUUUAGCAGGGUCUAAAGACAAAACCAUGGGGGACGAACAAGAGAUAAUGUGCAAACUAGAAAACAUUAUGGAAAUACGGAAUAAGACGGUACAGAUGCAGAAGAUAAAGACUCGUCUGAAGUCAGAGUUUGAGUCCCUGGAGUCUGAGGAGAAACAUCUGAAGGAAUACAAACAGGAGAUGGACCUCCUACUGCAGGAGAAGAUGGCCCAUGUAGAGGAGCUACGACUCAUACACGCUGAUAUCAACGUGAUGGAGAGCACUAUAAAGCAGUCGGAGAACGACCUGAAUAAGCUGCUGGAGACGACGCGGAGGCUUCACGAUGAGUACAAACCCCUGAAGGAACAUGUAGACGCCCUGAGGAUGACCCUGGGCCUGCACAGACUGCCCAACCUCAACGAAGAGGAGGAGAAACUCUCUCUGGAUUACUUUGAGAAGCAGAAGGCUGAGUGGCAGAAGGAGCCUCAUGAGCCCACCAUCCCAGAAUCCCUUGCAGCAGCGGCUGCCGCGGCCCAACAGCUCCAGGUCUCCCGGAAACAAGAUGCCCGCCAGACGGCCACCUUCAGACAACAGCCCCCUCCCAUGAAGGUACACAGUACACACCCUCCUAUGAAGGCCUGUCUGUCAUGCCACCAGCAGAUCCAUCGUAACGCUCCUAUCUGUCCACUGUGUAAGGCCAAGAGUCGCUCCCGCAACCCCAAGAAACCCAAGAGGAAGCCUGAUGAGUAGAUACACAGAUACAGACACACUCUCCUACUACCACCUCAUAUUGCUACAUUUCACAUCUGGAAUGCAGUAACACGUCUUCAUAACCUUCCCCAUGCCAUGGAACCUACGUUUAGUGUAAUCGUCAUUAUCCUAAGUGUUUUUUUUAAUCAGUGCUCAAGUAUUGAAAUAUAAUUGUUAACCUUAACGUUUGAUAGACCGUAACCAUGUUAAAUAAAAAUGAUUAUACUGUAACUGUACCCAUGUUGUGAUUGGUUCUGGCAGUAGAAAUGUAAAACGUACUGCAUUCACGUUACUCUGUAUUUAACACGUUUGCAUUGCAUGAACACUUUCCAUGGCUGAACUAUAAUGACUGUGUUGGAAUUGUUUGUGUUAUGAAAGUGGGUUCAUCGUUGGAGCGUAUAACCCGGGAAGUUGUUCUAAUGUUUACUGAAGGCAUAAGGGGCGGUCAAGGACUGAGAAAACCAUGAUGCUUAGUUGCUUUUAACAGUGUUGUAUGUGAAACUUUAAUACAAUAAUAAAAUAUAAAAAUGUC